AAGAUGUACUUGGGAAUUACACCAAGUGUGACCUGUAGCAAUUCAAGCAGAAAUGAAUUUUCCCUGAUUCUAGACAAGAACCCUCUGGUGGAGUUUGUGGAAGAGCUCCCCGCUGGGCCAUCCUCUCCGUGCUACUGCAAUUUACUCUGUGGGAUUAUCAGAGGGGCCCUGGAAAUAAUGGUUCAUUUGGCUGCUGAUGUUACAUUCUUGCAAGACAGACUAAAAGGCGACAGUGUGACAGAAAUAGGAAUAACAUUUCUGAAAAAACUAGGUGAAGAAAAAUACAGACGGAAAAAAUGA